GCACUCCGUCCAGGCUGGUCGAAGAAGUUCAAAUAUUUACUUUGCACCUUGUGGCUUGUUCGAUACGUGAGUUUUUUGUGCUUGUGAUCGGUGUUUGUUGACUGACGCAUCAGGAGACCUUGGAGGGUGCUGCAGUGAAACGAUGAGAGAUUCCACUGAGCCUUCAUAACCGACAGAAUCCUCGUGGCUUAAUUAACGGAAUUAGAGUGUUCCUUUGUCGCGAUAUAAUUAAUCGGGUAAGUGUGCAGCUCUGUUACUGAUUGUGUGUGUGUAUGUGAGUAUCCCAGCAAGCCCGGUUCUCCUUGGAAUACUCUCAUUAGAGAAUCAAUCGUACACAUCGAUUCGAAGAUAUAUCAAAGUGGAACUGAAGUUUGUUAGUCGGCUCGUCUACCCUCUACGUGUUCUGUGUUCUUGUGUCUGUGUUCUGUGUUUCAAGCUGACGUAUUAUGCCGGAAAGCGCAUCUAUCUGCGAGAGCUCCGUGUUGCAAAGACUCCACCGCGAUUAUCAGGGCCAAGAACAUGCCAGAGGAAUUUCUUAAGGCAUUGGCGGGCAUACAGUAUAUGGGCACUUUCGCUGUUCUUAACUUCGACCAGUUGGCUCAGUCUCAACUCGUUCAAGCUCAAGUAGACCAUAUGAAGAGAACUCCAAGGGGAAAAGCUAUUCUACUAGUCGUUUCUUUGGCUGGAAUAAAAGUAUGCAGUCCAGACAGCAAGGUGGUGUAUAUGGCUCAUGCUCUGAGGAGAAUUUCCUACGCAACCUGUGAUCCGCAACGACGUUUAUUCUGCUUCUUAGCUCGAGAGCCACGGGGACAUUUUUCUCUCCAAUACUGUCACUCAUUUCUGACAACGUCUUCCGAACAGGCUGAAGAGCUGAACACAAUAGUGGGAAAUGCCUUCAGGAUGGCUUACGCCGCGCAGUUACAGAAGCAGCCAAGUUUUCAAGAUGUGAUAUCUCAGCAGUUGGAACAGAGUCAGACUGAUAAAGUUGUUUGGACGAAAGACUUCUCCGCCGCCUUAUCCCAAGACAUGCAACACCAGAACAGCAGCAGUCAGCCGAACGAAAUGGAUGUCCCAAUGUCGGAUACCGCAACCCUUAGAAUAUCACCCCCUAGUUCGAUACCGGGACUGAAGCCACACUUACACCGGUAUAACGUUUUGGGACCUAGUGAAAAAAGUGUGUCUACCCAAAGUACACCGAACAGUGAGGAAAGUAAUUCGCCAACGGAGAUGAACUCCUACAAGAAGAUGGUGGAGAAACCGCCCUUGAUCAAGAGGAUAGCUAUGGGGUUGACGGGAACCUUGAGCAGCGUUGACGAUGAUAACUGCCCUCUAGUGUCGGAUAAUAAUUCUAAUGCCAGUACUCCAGGUAGUCCCACGAAUCGUCCAUUAUCUGGAGGAUACGUCAACGAGUCGACCGACGCCGAUAAUAAGAACAUCCAUAUCAAAACCACAGUAGAGAACGUAAGAAACGACAAAGAAAUACACAAACAUCUGGAAAUGAUGGACAACUGCAGGCUGUUACAAGGUUCUCCGGCCUCCUUGGAUCACGAUUAUAAGACCAGGAGGUUUUUCCUGCACAGUUCAAGCAGUUCCAGCUCUUGCACGCAGAUAACUGAAAACGGGACACUGCUGAACUUCAUGCCUGUAGUGCCACCACCACCUGAAAGGACAGAUUCCCUGAACAAUAAGGAACAGGAAGAAUUGAGAAUGGCACCGUGGUUCCAGGCUGGUAUACCGAGGGAGAUAGCGCUCGAGAUACUAGCUCAAGAACCGAUUGGAGCAUUUAUGGUUAGAGAAAGUACAAGCAAGCCUGGUUGCUUUGCUCUUUCUCUGAGGGUGCCAAGAAAUUUUCAGCCAACUGGAAUUGCUCAUUAUCUAAUCGUUAGGACUAAUAAAGGUUAUAAAAUACAGGGUUUCACGAAAGAAUUCACCACCCUCACUUCCCUCAUCACCCACCAUUCAGUCAUGCCUGAACUUCUACCCUGUCCGCUGUCGCUGAACCGGUACAAUCCCAGUUUCGCCAAGCAGGAUUCAAAGAAAGACUUCGCCGAUAUCGAUCUGGACCCCGAUUACAACACUUUGGCUGAUUUCAGGAAAAUGAUGGCCGAUUUGAAUGUGUGAGAUUCGGUGACGAACAUUUCAAGUGAUGGUAGCUCGGUUACUUAUUAUUUCUUUACGUGAACUAGUCGUACCCCAGUAUCGAUAAUAGGGGUGAUCCGAAUUACUCGAUUACAUUACCUCCAAGUUGUUUUCAUUUCGAGGAAAACUGACUUUGUGAAUCCGUGGAGCUUCCAUCGAAAAAAUUAGUAUAACGUGCGAGUAAAAUGGAAAGCUGUAGGAGUAAUUGUUCACCCUUUUAAAGACGCAAUGCCUGUGUUUCUUGUGAUAUACCUUCAAAAGAUAAAAGUGUUCUGAUAGGUGUAAAAAUUGUUGUGGAAAUGGACCGAUGAUCCUAAACUUUUAUAAUUUUUGUUACUGAUAUUCGAAACAAUGGUUGUUAUUUAACCCCUUAACGUUAAUCCUUAAGUUUCAAUUUUCCCAAUCACAAAAAAGCUUAAGCUACUUACAAGUGUUAGUUGGUAAAGGAAAAUGCAAUGCUUUACGAUUUGUCUAGUUUCAGUGAUUUUUUGGACCAAUGAAUAUAUUAUUUGUAUAUUGUAAAUAGUAAAUAACCUAGUCUCCAGAAAAAUUAUAUACAUACUUACAUUAUUGUAACUGAUGAAAAUAUAGAAAUUGAUGACAUUAACUAUCAACUAUUGAAAUAUUAAUGGCUUGAAAAAUGCUCAUGAAUUGCAUUAUUUAUUAUCAGAUAUGUUUCUUUCAAUCCAUUUUUUCACGACGUUGUUGUUUAUGAGUAUUUCAUACUUAGAAUUCAUGAUAGUGUUAAAUGAGAUACCUAUCAUUUAGAGUUGUUACUUCUGGCAGUCUUUUUAUAUUCAACAAUGUCAGUAAAUGUGAAGUAAUUAAUCUUUUUUUUUUCAAUAUUUACCUACUCAUACAUGUGAUUGAUUGUUUCCAUAGUUCGCUGUGAAAUAAUUAUAUUGGUAUGGGAAUCUUCAAAAGAGAAAUUUUUGUCAAUGGUUCAACAAUAAAAGAAGUGUUAUUAUACCCUUAAACAUUUACUGACUGUUUAUAAUCGUUCCAACCUAAUAUGUAAUAUAAAACUAUAAAAGUAUUUAUUUCCUAUGAAUAAAUAUAAUUUUUUAUUCACCUUAA